AUGGCUGGUGAGGCUUCUGGUGACCUAAACUUGUCACGUGGUUCUAAUUUUGGAGAUGAUGGGAGAGUGACUUUGAAGCAGGAUUCAGAGACCACGAAGAUUCCUACUAUGCUGCCUGUUAAGAAGAGACCACUAGAUAUUGAUAACUGCAAUUCCUCGCACAGUUCAGCUAAGAAAUCAAAGGUGUCAGUAUGUGAUGAUGAUGAUGAUGAUGAUGAUCAUAUGCCUAUUUCAUGCAUAGUGAAAAGGUCGUCCAUUUCAGCUGAUAAACCACUUUCCGUGAUGAAGAAGCAACAAGAAGUCAGGAGUAAUGAGAGACCACUGGAUACUGAUAACUGCAAUUCCUCGCACAGCUCAGCUAAGAAAUCAAAGGUGUCAUUAUGUGAUGAUGAUGAUGAUGAUGAUGAUGAUGAUAUGCCUAUUUCAUGGAGAGUGAAAAGGUCGUCCAUUUCAGCUGAUGAACCACUUUCUGUGAUGAAGAAGCAACAAGAAGAGGAAUUUGUAUGCCCAGUCAAGGAGGAAUCAAAUCUUGGGAGCCAAGAAAACGACAUUGAGUUAAGAGAGAAUCGACUUAAAGGCCAACUAGAAGAGUUCAAAUCAAAAGAGAAGGAAUUUGAAGGUCGAGUGGAGGAGCUUGAGUUCAAAGUGAAUCAACUUAAAGGCCAAAUUAAGGAGUUUGAAUCAAAAGAGGAGCAAUCUGUAGAACAAGUGAAGGAUCUUGAAUUGAGAAAUAAGCAUUCUGAAAGCCUAAUGGAGGAGCUCAAAACCAGAGAGAAGAAACUUGAAGACCGAGUGGAGGAGCUUGAGUUAAAAGAGAAGAAACUAGAAGAUCGCGUGAAGGAAUUUGAAUUAAAAAUGAAGGAAUUCGAAAGCCAAGUAAAGGAGCAUAAAUCAGACAAGAGAAGAGAGAAGCAAAAUGAAGUAUCACUAAAAUCAAUUGAAGAGGAAAAUGAAUUGGGUAAAUAUUCUUCUUUAUCCAGCAUCUUCAUUUCAUCUGUUUCUGAUAUUGAUAUUUCUAGUCACCUGAUCUGCCUAAUUUGUUAA